ACAUGUUUUAAAAACAAUUAUAUAUUAUUUCUAUAUAAAAGGGGCAGGAAAAUGUCAUUUUGUGCAAAACUACAAAGUCAUUUGCAAAGAUCGAAAUCAGCAAGAUGUCUUUCGCUGCUUUGUUUAUGCUGUUGAUAAUUGCGCAGACUUCUCAAGGGUUACCGUGGUUCAACGCACACAGAAGGUGUCCCAAAGAAUGGAGCGGGUUCAGUGGUCACUGUUACUUUUUUUCUAAAGAGAAAGCAACUGUAAAAGACGCAAUUACCAAGUGUGCUCAUGCCGUAGAAGAUGGCCGUCUCGCUGAAGUUGGGGGCCACCGAGAGGAAAAAUGGUUGGAACUUCAGAUUAAAAUAAGAGGUAUGUCACCGGUCUGGAUGGGCGCUUCGGACAUCUCGGAUGAGGGAAAGUUUAUAAAACUCUCCAACGCCAAACCGAUUCAAUAUACCAACUGGAAUAGAGGGGAGCCUAACGAUCAUCAAAAGAAAGAGGACUGCGUUGAAUGGGCGGGUUCCGGCAAAUGGAAUGAUAACUACUGCGGGAACAAAAAUUUCUUUAUUUGUGAACAAGCUUGAUGUGGACGUGCUAACUAAGAGCCUUGUUUGCAUAAGAUGAUAAAUCUUUAAAGGUUAUAAUUACU